CUUUAGGAUUUGUUCUGCUCUACACACGGACAUCAUGCAGCUGAAGUCAGAAGCUUUUUAAGACUUUCUUCUCAGGUUUUGAUCCAAACAUAUUUGACAUGUGGGAGUUCCCGAGGACUCGUUACGCAGACUGUAACGGCUCAGAGGCGAGUGAGGAAACGGAGAUUGCUGUGAAUAUCGGUGGUGUCAAGCACAUUCUCUACGGGGACGUGCUGAACCGAUAUCCCGAGACACGUUUGGCGGAACUGGUGAACCGAGCCACGGAUUCCACACAAGAAGAUCUCUGCGCGCUCUGUGAUGACUAUGACGACUCAAAGCAAGAGUUUUACUUCGACAGAGACCCAGAGGCGUUCAAAUGCAUCCUAGAGCUGUAUUGCUACGGAAAGAUUCAUAUGAAGCGAGGAAUCUGUCCCAUGCGCUUCACGAGAGAGAUGGACUAUUGGGGGAUCGACGCGGAGUAUCUGGACGAAUGCUGUAUAAGUAGUUUAAAUGAGGUGCAAACCGAGCUGGCGGAAAUAGCAGAGAAGGUCAAGACCAUCCUGGACGACCUAGAGGAUGAUGCGACGGUCACUAGAGGUCAGAGGUGCCAAGCGUUCCUGUGGAAUCUCAUGGAGAAACCCGAGUCAUCUUUAGCCGCGCGCGUAAUUGCAGUAGUGUCGUUCGCGUUCAUCCUGCUCUCCUCUGUGGUCAUGUGUGUGGGCACCAUCCCGGAGCUCCAAGUGGAAGAUGCCGAGGGUAACCUCGUGGAACACCCGACCCUUGUGUCCAUCGAGACGGCUUGUAUCAUCUGGUUCACAGUGGAAUACGUUUUGCGUUUCUUGUUCUCUUCGAACCAAUUGCGCUUUGCGUUUUCCUUCAUGAAUAUAAUAGACUUUCUAGCUAUCAUGCCUUUUUACGUAUUGCUGAUUCUAACGCAUUUGGGCACUGCUGUGAUGGAGCUCGCUAACGUCCAGCAGGCAGUGCAAGCGUUACGCAUCAUGCGCAUUGCGCGCAUCUUUAAACUCGCGCGCCACUCAUCAGGUCUGCAAACUCUUACAUUCGCGCUCAAAAGCAGCUUGAAAGAGCUGGGUCUGCUGCUCAUGUACAUGAGCGUGGGGAUUUUCUUGUUCUCUGCACUGGGGUACACAUUGGAGCAGAGCCACCCUGAGACCAUGUUCACCAGCAUCCCACAGUCCUUCUGGUGGGCUAUCAUUACUAUGACCACUGUGGGUUAUGGGGAUAUCUAUCCUAAAACAACGCUGGGCAGGUGCAACGCCGCUGUCAGUUUUCUGUGUGGCGUAAUAGCUAUCGCGUUGCCAAUCCAUCCGAUUAUUAACAACUUCGUCAUUGUUUACAGUAAGCAGCGUGUGAUUGAAACCGCUGCCAAGCAUGAGAUCGAACUCAUGGCGUUACGCGCGAAAGAGGAAGAGCAGGAGUGCCCGGAGGCUGAAGGAACGGCUUCGGCUGGCAGCAGGUCAGUCUGGGAUAGCGCUGCUGAGAGUGUGAGCGCGUCACAGAGUGACACGUAUAUCCCGUUACUUGGUGAUACAGCAAAUGUGUCCAAAGGUCAACCUGCCCAUAAAUGCAAGAACAACUAAGAACAUCUAUCUAUCUAUCUAUCUAUUUAAAUAUGCAGUUGAUGUAACUCUAAUCCCCUGCUCAACAGUCAAUAAAUCUUUUCAUGUCAGUAAUCAAAAUUGAAGCUUUUAACAUAUAAAAUGUCUCUUGUUUUAAUCACCUUUUUUAAUAUGCCUACAUAGUAACUAUAAGUAUAUAAAGUUUAUACACCCCCAAGUCUCUUUUCAGAAAAAUAUUUAAAUAAAAUGGGUUACUAGGGUCAAUGCAACUCAGAACAACAAUUUAUCAAGGAACAUUAAAGUAAAGCAAUAGAGAAGUAAAUUUAAAAGGGUUGAUCAUAAUUGUAAGUAAAAUUUAUUCAAAACAAAAUAAUUUGAAAUCAAUCAUUUAAAUUUUACACACAUCAAAGGCUUCAAGACUCAUUGUCUCUGAAGACAUUUUACAGUAAUGAGAAUAUCUGACUGGUCUCUUCACUGAACAAGCCUGAAGGAAGAAAAAUCACUUGACUUUAUAAUGGAAUUAGAGUACUCUCAAU